GAAGAGUGACGAUGCCAACCCCCAACAUCUCCACCUCUGCAGCCAAAGGCUUCCGCAGGGCGGUGUCGGAGCUGGACUCCAAGCAAGCCGAGGCCAUCAUGUCUCCGCGGUUCAUUGGUAGACGCCAAAGCCUCAUUGAAGAUGCCAGGAAGGAACGAGAGGCUGCAGCUGCAGCCACUGAUGCAGCAGAGUCCACAGAGACAAUUGUUUUUGAGGAGAAGGAUGGGAGAGCCAUGCUGAACCUGUUCUUCAUGCUCAAGGGUGCCAAGACUUCUCCGCUCUCGCGAGCACUUAAGGUGUUUGAGACAUUUGAAGCUAAAAUCCACCACUUGGAGACAAGACUCAGCCGAAAGCCCCGUGAAGGCACUGCUGAACUGGAGUAUUUUGUGCGCUGUGAAGUGCACAGCUCUGACCUUAAUACUUUCAUUAGCUCCAUCAAGAGGGUAGCAGAAGAUGUGAGGACCACUAAGGAAGACAAAUUUCACUGGUUUCCCAGAAAAAUAUGUGAAUUGGACAAGUGCCACCAUUUGGUCACCAAGUUUGACCCUGACUUGGACUUGGAUCAUCCGGGCUACUCUGACCAGGUGUAUCGCCAGAGGAGGAAAUCAAUAGCAGAAAUCGCUUUUCACUAUAAGCAGGGAGAUCCAAUCCCCCAUGUGGAGUACACAGCAGAGGAGACUGCUACCUGGAAGGAGGUAUACAGCACUCUGAAGAGCCUGUAUCCAACCCAUGCCUGCAAGGAGUACUUAGAAGCUUUUAAUCUACUGGAGAAAUUCUGUGGCUACAAUGAGAACAACAUCCCUCAACUGGAGGAGGUCUCCCGCUUCCUGAAAGAGAGGACUGGCUUUCAGCUCCGGCCUGUGGCUGGCCUGUUGUCUGCACGUGACUUCCUUGCCAGCCUGGCCUUCCGUGUGUUCCAGUGCACACAGUAUAUCCGCCACGCAUCUUCACCCAUGCAUUCCCCUGAGCCGGACUGCUGUCAUGAGCUACUGGGGCACGUCCCAAUGCUGGCUGACAAGACAUUUGCCCAGUUCUCCCAGGACAUUGGGCUUGCAUCUCUGGGAGCAACUGAUGAAGAAAUUGAGAAACUGGCUACACUUUACUGGUUUACAGUGGAGUUUGGACUCUGCAGACAGAAUGGAAUAGUCAAAGCCUAUGGGGCAGGUCUCCUGUCUUCCUAUGGGGAGCUCAUCCACUCCUUGUCAGAUGAACCAGAGGUGCGGGACUUUGAUCCUGAUGCUGCUGCUGUUCAGCCCUACCAGGACCAGAACUACCAGCCUGUGUAUUUUGUGUCUGAGAGCUUCAGCGAUGCCAAAAACAAGCUGAGGAACUAUGCAGCACAUAUCAAGCGGCCCUUCUCAGUGAAAUACGAGCCCUACACCCAUAGCAUUGAACUCCUGGACAGCCCCCAGACCAUCUGCCACUCCCUGGAGAGCGUAAGGGACGAGCUUCAUUCACUGAUUAACGCGCUCAAUGUGAUCAGUUAGUAAGAGAACUGGGCUCCUCCAUUCCCCUCUGCCCUCCCCUGUUCCUAGCCCAUAACUUUUAACUGUUGUCUCCAAACAUUUGCACUGCUGCCCAUCCCCAUGCUACCCCAACAGUUUGCCACAUUGGAAUGUAGGGCCAGCUCAGAGGAAGGCAGAGGGACAAACCCAAGGCCUGCUGGCAUUCUGGGUGACUUUGCCUUUGAUUUUUGGGAGAGCUUUAACACUGUCCAAAGACAUGGGUCAGGCUACAAAGUUGAAGUUAAGAGUUGUGCACUAGGUCCCUGGAUGCAAGGAAGGGAGAAAAGCUGCUUUACCAAAAGCCAGUUUCAUUAAAAAGAAAAGAACAAGAAGAAAAUAAAAAGCUUUUUUUUUGCAGUUUGAGAGAAUAAGUUAAUCUGCCUUUUUAACUUCAAAACAAGUCCCUACAGCAAUUCCACAGAGGGUACCCAGUCUCCACCACCUCAAGCCUGUUACAGCCCCUUGCACUUAGGAAAUUCAGAGCUGCUCAGAGCACUUCUGCUGGAACCAAGAUCAUGACAUUUAAGAUCUCAGCUCUCAGCCUCCCCUCAGCUUCUUGCUGACAAGUCCCUGUGCUCACAGCCCCACCAUGACAAAAGAAGCAUUAGAGCAUCCUUGAAGUUCUACACUGAUCUAAGCCAGAAGUAUCUGCCUAGACAUAGAGGAGCCCCAACCUACCUGUACCUUCCUCAUUUCAAGCACCACAAAACAAUCCCAAACCCAGAAGCAGAGCCUCAAAACCCUCUUUUAAAAGCUCCCACACCUGAGACUUAGGCAGCCCUUUUUGUCAUCUGCAGCUUCAAUUGACUCCUAAUGCCUCCCACUUCUCACCUUCCUAGCCACACCUGUGUUGCAGUUUCCCUGAUGGGAGUUCAUCAACGGAGGGACACAGAUCACAACCAGCUGUGCUGUUGGUGCUCAGUAACUCAACUACUGCUGCUCACAGCAGAUAGCAGCCACAGCUGUUGAUGCUCAUUUGUGCUGGUGGCCUUGGGCAGCCUUGGUGCUUGAGUUUAUCGAUUCUGGCACUUAAAUCCCAUGGCAGAAUUUCACACGCUUUCAAUCCUCCAGCAUUGCACAAAUACAGCAUCACCUUGUUUUUACAUAGCCUAAUAUCACUGUCACCUGAUGUAGCUCAGAUGCAUGACUAAUGCUAUUGCUGUUCACUUCUGAGGAAAGUAGCCUACAAUUAAGAUGCUCAAGUCUGGUUUCAUCUAGCUUUCGCUGUUGAUACAAAUCACUUGCUCUGGCUCAAAGCUCUCAAUUUUCCUCCCCCUGUUUCUGCCCUUCUUAUCUUCUUGCCAGCUGUCUCACAACUGAGCAGUUUGCUUAGAAGUGUGGCCCAAGGUUAUGCAGCUGGGCAGUAUCAGAGCUGGGCUUGGGAUGCACAGAGGCAGCAAAACAGUUAGGGGGGUAGCAGGUUGGGGAAGUAUGAGUAGUUCUUUGCAUCAUCAAUAGUAAUGUUUCUGUAUAGACUUCUACCAUCCUUAUUCUCUGUAUGUGGAUUUUUAUCGUUUAUUACUGAAAGAAACGUAUGGCCUAGCAGUUAAUUUCUGCUAUUGAGCAGGUGUCCUACAAUACUUACAGAUGCCAUCACCCCUUCAGUGUUACCUCUACUGUCGCUCAGCCAUAAUAGCUUAGAAUUCCAUACAUAUUUCCCAUUUCAGAUCUCUGCUUAGGUAUAUUUAACCCUCAAUUGUCUCAAAUCGUAGCUGGCUAGCUGUUGACAGCACACAGUCUCCCAUUCGCUUCAAGAAUCCUUUCUGCUUCCUCUCUUAUUUGACCUCCUCCUAAAUUCCUCCUUACUCAGGCAUUUGCUCAAAAGAGCAUUACAGAAAUCAGCAGUUCAGCACUAGGUCUGGCUGCUUCUCCUCCAGUUGGUCCUCCUUGGAGAAUUGUUCUGUAAAUGAACAAAACUACCUACUUCAUUCAGCUGUUGUAAUUUUAGAACAUUUUUCCAAAGCUUCAGCUAUGAUUUCCCAAUCUGGGUGGAUCCAGAUCUUUGAGCUACAACUCUCAAGGUUCCCUUAAGAGCUGUAACAAUUUUUUAUUUGGGAUCUUAAGUUAUUACUACCGCAUUAGGAAGCUGCAGCAAAGUAAUCGAGGCUAAAGCAGGCUAAGUCGCAGGUUAGAUCUAUCACUAUGAAAAGGACACUGGUUUGGCCUCAAAGCCCAUAAAGGUCACCUUGGAUUCUCCAAGAUACUUUACAGUCAUUUUCUGCCUUGUUAAAUGUUUAUAAUUAAUGCAAUUUACAAAAAACACAAAGCUAUUGAUAAGGAGUGAGGAGCCAAGUUAAAAAUUCUUGCAAACUGCCAGAGACCUCAACUCUGAGCUUUGCCUCAGAGUUUGCAUCACUGCACCAGGACUCUCAGCUGCUGCUUGCUUGUGGGGCUGUAGUAAAAUCUGUUGCCCUACAAAAUAGAAAAUAAGCAAAGCUCGAGGCAUAAACCAGCACUGCUCAUAGCAAGCACAUAAACAGAUCCGCUGCAGCCGCUCACGCCAACAUGAGUGAGUGGUGGUCCCUUACUCCUGAAGUGGGGCAGUCUCACUGAGCAGGCUGGGCUCUGGAUGCUUGUUCCUUUCUAUCCAAUUUCAGAUAUAUUUGGCCCCUACUUCACUUUUGCGUCAUAUUAUCACAGAAUGGCUUAGGUUGGAAGGGACCUUAAAGCCCACCCAGUUCCAAUCCUGUGCCAUGGGCAGGGUUGCCAAAUACUAGAUCAGGCUGUUCAGGGUCCCAUCCAGACUGGCUUUGAGCCCCUCCAGGGAUGGGGCAUCCACAGCCUCUCUGGGCAGCUGGCAGUGCCAGAGCCUCACUGUCCUUUGAGUAAACUGCACACUUCAUGCCAUUUUUAUUGGCUUCAUUUGGGGCCAAAUAUAAAUUCCUUGCACUCUUUUUAUAGUACCUUGUUCUCUCUCUCUCUCUCUUUUUUUUUUUUUUACUAAUGUUAUAACAGUCUGAGAUGAUUUCGUCUCAUUCAGCCAGGCACAGUAUCCAUCCCUUCUUUUCUUCUAGUUGAUUCCUGGCUGGGGCUGCUGUAAAUAAACUCAGAGUCAAUUUAUAUACUUGCUCAUUAAAUUGUUUCUAAGCAUUGCGUUCAGCCUUCUUACAUGCUUUAGCUUCCUUCACAUAUAUUUUAUUCCCACUCUCCCUCUAGGCAUGUAAAAUAAACAUCCAGUUUUCUUUCUGGGUGUCCCAUUAUCUGCUUACCAUCACCCUUCUCUCUAUAAGACAACCAGUAUUUUACUCUAGUAUCAACAAGGUAGCUAUCUGUAAAGAGAUACUGGAUUUAUGUCUUUUACUGCUUUCUAUGACAGCCUGCGCUUUUGCUCCUUGCCAACAUCCUUUCUCUAGUUCCCUCAUUCCACUAACAACGCCACCCUCAACUAUUUUUCCUCUCUGUACAAGCUUAGCACUCCUAUGGGCACACAAUAACUUUGUUUUAUUGCUGGUUUCCUUUCAAAGAACAUCUGCACUUUAACUGAUUUCUUCUCUUUGUGCUUAAGAGCAGAGUAUGAGUAGAUCAGGGUGCAACCAAAGUAUCAACGAUGAAAGCGAUAAGGACCAUCUCAGACCAGACCUGGCUUUCUCAUGGUCAGGGAAAUUUUGGUCUGGAUCCUAAAGAAGGGGAACACAUACCCUAUUGGUAUCCAUUUUUCUUCACUAUUUUUCUGUAACAGUACUGAUCCCUCAGAAUGAUCUCACGCUGAAAUUAUUACUAUCAAUCGCUUUCCUUCAAAGGUAUGUUCUGUUGUAGGAGCUUUUCAAGCAGCAGCUUCUUUUGCUGUAAGUAAAUUGUCAUUUCACUCCUUACUUUGCCUCCAUUCCUGUUUCUUCUGUAAUAGUCAUAAUGCUUUGAUAGUACUAGCUAAGUUACAGAUGCGGUGCCACAAGAGAUCCAAUCCUCCCAGCAGUCUCCAGAGCUCAGUCUGAGCAAUGGGAGUCUUUAUUUCACAGAAAGUUUAAGCUUCCUCAGAUCUAUCUUGUUUUGCCAGUUCCAAUUCCCCAGCAGUUAACCUGGGAUUGCAUUAAAUGUGCUGUAUUCAAAUUGACUUUUAAUCCCUCUUGAUCUAUUAAUUUUAAAACUCAGAUACCUCUUUCUUGUAACUCUUCUUUUGUGAUCCCCAGAAUAUCAUCUACACAAUAUCUUUCUGUGUCCUCCAGAGACCAUUAUUCAAACACUUUCUGAACAAAAGCGUGUGCAGCAAGGCAGGUGCUUGGCCCUGUGGGAUGCAAGUAAAUACUGUUUGUCUCUUAAUGUGAAAGCAGCUCAAUAGAUUGGUCCUUCUCUUUCAUUUUGUCACAUGUUACUCAUGGAGUGCAUUUGUGCCACUAGUUCUCUUAAUUUAUCCUCCAUCCAAGGAGCCUGACUGCACUGUGGCUGCCAGGAGAGUUGGAGACACCAGUGCUCUGCUGAGAUUAGGUAGUAAACACAUGGUCCUGCUGAUAUAUGAGCAACUUCUUGUCAGUUCUUUAAAAGCUCCCCAUAUUCUCUAGCAUAAUGAUGAAUGUUGACACGUUCCUUUUUUGCCUAUCUGCUGUGGCAGUUUGUUCUGCUGUACCUGCCUGUCCCAAGAUGGCAGUCAUUUUUUGUUGUGGGAUAUGCUGCUAUUCUUAACUUCUUUCUUUUCCCAUUGGCUUGCAUCAUCCCUGAAAUCAUCUUCCUCAGAUGGUUCCCAAUCCAGUGCUCUCCAUCACUUCCUGCAGAUCCAGCAGUUAUUUUUAAUCUUUACAUCCCAAUCUGCUUUUGCAAGCAUCUAAUUUUAGCUUCACAUUCACUAUGAUCAAGUCCCUUUUGCACCCUCCCUUGCUCCAGAGAUGUUCACUGCACUAUAUACAUUAAUCCCUUAUCUUUUACAGUUUCUCUCUCUUUUUCCAAGCUCAUCUGCUUCUCUAAUUGCCAUUGCAUCUCCUUAUUGCCUUCUUGGGCCACUAGAUGGUAUUCCUUUUCUAAAGACAACUUAUUUUAAGUCACUUGAUAGACUCUUUUAAAAGCACAAUUUUAACACUGGAGCACUUGAUAUCCUGGCGUUACUUCGUCUCAGCCAACUCAGAUUAUUGUUACUGCUUCCCAUAACAGCCCCCUAACAGAGAUGCUGUAUACUUGAGUCUCGAUCCUCGCUCUCCCAUAUCGGGGAACAUUUGGCUUGUAUCACCCAUCAGCUUCCUGUGGGCUGAAGCAACACCAGGAGAGGCACUAGCAGCCUGGGCUGUAAUCUCUGGUAUUGUUGGGAUUUCCUGUAGCCCUCCACUAUUUCCACUUUUAAGCUUUUCCUGAGUCUUGUCAGAAUUUUCCCAAGCUUUCAAUUUCAUCUUAAGGUAUCCCUUACAUUUGGUUCAUGAGGCUGGUUGGAUUUAGAAUUGCUCUGUGAGCGUAAUGGAAGCACUGAGGAAUGUUGCUCCAAAGGAAGGACUUUGGACAACACCGAUGCGUCCCCCAGUCACACUCUCCACCAAAAGAUGCUAUAACAAAGUUCUUUUUCCUGUCAGUGGAACAAAAGUGUAGGACGAUGUGCUCCUCAGAGCUAAGCACGAGCUCAUGUCCUUUGGGUUGGGUUAGGGGUCAUCACAAGUCUUAUGAGGGAACUGGGAUUGUUUAGCCUGGGGAAGAGGAAGCUUGGGGGAAACUUCCCGCAACUUAUGUCUCUCUACAGCAACCUGAAAGGAGGUUGUGGCAAGGUGGGGGUCAGCCUCUUCUCCCGAGUAACAGAGAUAGGACGAGAGGGAAUGGCCUCAAGUAGCACAAAGGGAGGUUUAGGUCGGGUAUUAGGAAACAUUUAUUCUCAGAAAGGGUGGCAAGGCAUUGCAACAGGCUGCCAAGGAAGGUGGUGGAGUCACCAUCACUGGAGGUGUCCAAGAACUGUGAUGGAUGCGGUUAUCGGGCAUGGCAGUUAGUUGAUGGUUGGUCAGGAUGAUCUUAGAGCUCUUUCCAAUGUUUAUAAUUCUUUGAUUCUGUGGGAGCCUCUGUGCCAUUCCCUUAGACUUCAUCAAAUGUGGCUGUGAGUUCUAUGAAAGGUGACCAGGAAAGAGCUCAUGUGAUAAUACAUGAAGCAUAGGCUGGGAAGGUGAGAGAGGAAGACAGGGCAAAAUCUUUCCUCUGAGCCAGUCCCAACAUACCCUGCCAGUGUGUCCCAGUGUGUCCCAGUGCCUUGCUGAGUGGUCUCUGCUACUGUCACUGCUGCUGCUGUGGAUGGAUCUGCCUUUCUGUCUCUCUGCAUAAAGAAAUAUGAAACAGAAUUAUUUUUCAUUUUGGAAUCGUGCUGCUGCUGACAUGAUAUUAAGAAUAAAAACUAUAUUUCUGGUCUAG